AUGAAACUCCUCCUCGAUGCUACAAUUGAUAAGAAUCGACGGCUAUGUAUCGCCGUUUCACACAAAGGUGUUGCGGCGAACUGGUACAAUUAUGUGCUGCAGCUGGCGGAACUGCGACAGGCAUUUCCGCCAGAGCAUGAAUGGGAAAUUGCCCUCGAGGACAACCAAAUUUUCAUCAAUCUUCCGCAAUGUAUCAAAACCGUCGAACUACCCGAUUAUGAUGUCGAGCUCACCAUCCUGGAUGAUCAACAAGCAAAGAUGUGGGAGAAGUUGAUGUUGCUGUGGAAUCCAAUGUCGAAAGACCGCUCAUUUACUCUCAAUCGAUCUCUCACGUUGGAGGGACUAGAGAAACAGAUGGGCAGCUUUCCAGGCAAGAAGAAAAACGGUGUCCGAAUUAGAUUACAUCCAGCAUGGGAGCCAACUUCCUCAAAAAUAAAGGCAGAAAAGGCAAUCCCUUUUCUUCGAAGGAGAGGAGGGGGCGUGGGGGCGUUUGUAGCAAAAAUCCUAAAUGCUGCGCAAAAGCUUAUGCAGGCAACCAUAAAUUGA